AUUUAUUAAUUUGAGCAACUGUUGUCGAUGUUUUUCUCGUUUACAUGUUAUUUAAAUUCAUUUAUUGCGUGGACUUCUCGCACGGGUGCGUUAAACUGCGUUCGAACACUAACACCAAAUCCUGGUCGCCGGAGGCGAGACAGUGCAGAACGAACCUGUCGUUCUCUUCUAGCGGCAGCGUGUAAGUGUGAACGUUUAUUCUUCAAAAUGGGCAGGCUGCGUCAACGGUUCAAUGAGAAGGGCCGUCAAAGCGGUAUCCAAAAGAUGCUAAACUUGAAGCGCGCCCGGUUGCCUCGCUCUAUCCGUAUACAACAAAAUGAAGAAACAAAAGAUGUCGUCGCUUCAAAUGUGAGUUCUGAGACUUCACAGACUAAGGACCCAAACGCAGAAAUUAUUGUUCCCGAAAGCGAACAACAAAGGAAUGAACGCAGGAAGCAAUUGCGAGAGCAAUUACUACAGGAAAAUCAAGAUACCAUGUCUUCAAAAAAGCGGAAACGUCUGGAAAAGUAUAUUGAAAACAAACUUAAGAAGGAGCGUACCAACGAACUUAUUAAGAUUGUUGCUGAAGAAAAGGUCGAUACUGCCCUUUUGUUGAGUUCUAAGAACUUUGGUAAGAAGCAGACGGCCAAAGAGCGCCUCCAGCGUUCAUUUCUUGAGGAAAAAAAUGGGUUGCCUAUUUCCGAUCCUGACAGCAAGCUCGUCCGUUAUGUCGAACGUCCUACGUCUAAUCCCUUCCUUUCUGAUGCUGCUGCUGCUGGCUCAUCUCAACAAAAUGCUAUUCAGCCUUCAAAGGCCAACGAAAACAAAAAACUUUUUGGUUUUGGGUUUACGGCCGAUGCAUCCACUGAAUCCGGUAAUGGUUUGGUUGUUCGUCCUAAGAAAAAGAAGGUAAUGGUACAACGUCUGAAAAACUUGCGAAAUGCAGAGUAUGAUUCUGAUGAAGAGGACUAUAUGAGUACCGAUGAAGAGGAAUCAGAAAGCGAAAACGAGGGUUCAGAUGCUGUUGAUGAGGAGGAAGAGCAAACAAAACAAGAUGAUGCUGUCAGUGAGACUUCAGAAGAAUCAGAAGCCGAGGAGGAUUCUUCAGAAAAUGAGGAGACAGCUGACACUACCGAAGAGGAUACAAAGCAGAGAGCUGAAAAGUUUAAGCAAUGGGCCACAAAACAGAUGGUUGGUGAAACCGAAAGUACCGAAGUUACUAUUGAUCCGAAGAAAGAGGCUACUUUUGAAGCUUCUAAAAAGGCCUACCUUAAAAAAGUUGAGCAAAGAAGAGAGAUUGAUGCUGAGGUUGACGUUGUUGCUGCCAGUCGUACAACGCGAUUCGUAAUAGUCGAUCGUUCUGAAGAGGUUCAACAAAGCAGGUUGUCAUUGCCGAUUAUGAAUGAGGAACAGCACAUUAUGGAAACCGUUUUCUUAAACGACGUUGUAAUUAUUUGUGGUUCGACUGGUAGUGGUAAGACCACUCAAGUCCCUCAAUUUCUUUUUGAAGCAGGCUUUGGUUUAGCAGACAGUGAUACACCUGGCAUGAUUGGUGUCACGCAACCGCGUCGUGUUGCAGCUGUCAGUCUUGCAAAGCGUGUUGCCGAGGAGAUGGGCAAUAUGGCUUCCAAGGUUGCCCAUCAAAUUCGUUUUGAUUCAACAGUCAGUCCGGAGACUGCCGUCAAGUUUAUGACUGAUGGUGUUUUGUUGAGAGAACUUGCGUCCGACUUUCUGCUGACUAAAUAUUCAGCAAUUGUCGUGGACGAAGCUCAUGAAAGAAGCAUCAAUACCGAUAUUCUUUUAGGUUUGCUCAGUCGUAUUGUUAAGUUGCGUCGCGAGAUGCACUUAUCUGAUGAAAAUGUCAAGCCUCUCAAGCUCAUCAUCAUGUCUGCUACUCUGCGUGUAUCUGAUUUUGCUGAAAAUACUCAGCUCUUUAAAAUUCCCCCGCCCAUCAUUGAGAUCGGCUCUCGUCAAUAUCCCGUUUCUAUACAUUUUAAUCGCGUAACGCAAGAGAACUAUCUAGAGGAUGCGUUUAAUCGUGUUUGUAAAAUUCAUAAAACCAUGCCUAGUGGGGCGAUACUGGUUUUUUUGACUGGUCAGCAAGAGGUCGAGCACUUAUGCAAGUUGCUUCGCAAACGUUUCGUAAAAAACGCGAAGGAUAAGGAGCGGAAGAUACCCAUUCGCGCGGCUCGUAAUGAAGUGUCUUUAGAGAAUGAGGAUAUUCAAUCCGAUGGAGAAGACGAAGAAUACAUAAAAACGGAAGAUGAGGAUUCUAUAAAGUUUGACGCCAGUGCUGAGCCGUUGCAUAUUUUGCCCUUGUAUUCUCUUUUGACUACUGAGGAGCAGCUGCGUGUUUUUCAGAAACCGCCCGAAGGUUCUCGCAUGUGUGUAGUAGCAACCAACGUGGCCGAGACGUCGUUGACUAUUCCUAACGUACGCUAUGUCGUUGACUGCGGCAAGGCCAAGGAACGUGUUACGGACAGGAUUACUGGUGUCCAACGUUAUGAAGUGCAAUGGAUUAGCAAAGCAAACGCUGAGCAAAGAACUGGUCGUGCUGGUCGUACUGGGCCCGGUCACUGUUACCGUCUCUUUUCUUCCGCGGUUUAUGAUCGUAGUUUCCCUCUGCAUAAUUUGCCAGAAAUUCUUCGUGCUCCCAUUGAGGGAAUUGUUUUACAGAUGAAAAGUAUGAACAUCGAUAAUGUGGUGAACUUCCCUUUUCCGACGGCUCCCGACCGUGUGAGUCUUCAAAAGGCUACUCAUUUAUUGCAAAACUUGGGAGCAUUGGAUGCAUCAGGCAAGCUUACAAAGCUGGGUGAGAACAUGUCGUUGUUCCCCUUGCCACCCCGUUCUUCUAAAAUGCUGGUCAUCGGUCAACAACACGCUUGUCUUCCCUUUGUAAUUGCACUUGUCUCUGCGCUCACCAUUGGCCAAAUAUUUGUUUCUCGACAUGCUUUGCAGUACAAUUCAGCUGACGCUGGGGCCAACGAAACUGAGGAUGAUGGCGAUGAAUCAAAUGAUGAAAAAUCGAAACACAAGGAUGCACUGCGCCGGUAUUAUCAAGUUAUUGACAAGUUUUCUACGCUCGAACCUAAUGCUCCGGUUAUGCGUUUGUUGAGUGCUGUAUGCGCUUUCGACUUCGCCAAGGAUAAAUGGUCGUUUUGCCGCGAAAACUUCUUACGUCAAAAAGCUUUGGAAGAAGUUACGAACCUGCGUAAGCAUAUCAUCAAUAUUCUGAAACGCUAUGUGUCGACUUCAAGCAGUGAUUAUACGAGGCUGCAACUGAAGCCACCCAGUAAACUGCAAGUUAAGGCUUUGGAACAGAUUGUGGCAGCUGCUUACAUUGACCAAUUGGCGAGAUACGAACGUCUAAAGAAGGCGUAUGUUACAUUAUUUCCGUGUGGUGCCGAGUCUGUUACAUUUCAUCCGGAGUCUAAUCUUAAAACGGAACCAGAGUAUGUUGUAUACUCGGCAUUGCAUCAGAGCGCUAGUGGCCGCACAUAUAUACAGCCAUUAGUGCCUAUCGCGGCACAACAUAUAAGUCGCCUUGCUCCGAAGACGAGUUUGCUUUCUUAUUCAAAGCCAUUGUCCUAUCCUCCCAUUCGUAUGUUAAAUGCGACAACUCGAGAAUGUUGGGUUCUUCCACUCAUCGGUUCCAACACCGGUUCGGGAAAUGCUUCCUGGGAGCUGCCUGCAGAAAAGAUUACUCAAAAGCGACAAGAUGGUCGCUGGGUAAAUUGUUAAUGAAGUGUUCAAAGGGGAGGGACACACUUUGUAACGUUUUUGUCGUUAAUUGACAUUGCGGUUGACGUUAAUACUGAUGACUGUCUUACUAUCGUCUAAUAAGUUCAUGGCUCCUGCAAUAGGCGUGCCAACGCUAUUACUACCGAUUAAAGCUGGUUAUAUUUCAUUGGGUUUUGUGUACAGUAGGUUUUUUUGGUUUUGUUUGAAACAAUAGAAUUCAUUAAUCAUCAAUAACUUCGUGUAGAAAGGAAAAUGUGGAAAUGCAACGAGAUGGUAAAAGAAUUAGUGUACAAGGACAGCAAGACAAAAAGAUAUGUUAAGCGUCGAGUUCCAUUUCAGAAUCAUCAGCGUCUGCUGCAACUAAAGCGGCAUUGGGCAGUGGGUGCGUAAAUAGAGGGGAUGUGUGUGCUUCUGUUGGCAUUAUGGUCAUGUCAGUGGGUUGUUGUUCCUCAUAAACAACAGAGGGAGGAGUAGCGUUUGCAUUGCGUUCAGUGUCAAGCUCCUCGUCAUCAAGUUCCUCAAUUAGAACAGACGAGGCCGGUUCUUGAUGCACAGUUCCCCAUCGUUUAGACGAGUCGGGUUCGAUAACGUAGGGUGCGCCAACUUUGUCACUGUUGGAUGGAUAGCAAAUCAAAUGACGGCAUUGAGAACCCGGGGAAUACAAUUGUGGAUGCAACGUCAAUGAACUUGCAGCUGAGAAAGAUGGAUGGGCCAAAUUGUUGCUUCGAUUGUUGGUUGGGAAGGGAAGAAUAUGGACGCGAUUAUUGCGGUGAGGGUGAUGCACAAGGGCUUUUGAAUCAGUAGAGUUUUGUACUGUAGAAGAAGGGAAAGACUCCAACACCUCGCCAGUGUUCAUGUCGAUAAUUUGACAAGCUUCAUCUUGUUGGGGAGUGCUCAGCCGACCACGUUUGUGAGGAAAAGCUUCUUCUUCCUCUGAAUUUUGUGAAACCACAGAGCCAUUCUGUAAUUGCUGCUGCGAAUCAGCGACCAGCGCUGUUUCAGGGAAAGUAUCCGGUGAUGGGGGACGAGAACGCUUCCGUGCACGAAAAGAAGGAGCGUUCAUGUUUGUAAAAGAACCGUUUUGUAGAGGGAAACAGCCACUGCUCCAUUGUGUUCUAGGAGCAGUGUGCGCAUCAAAACGUGUACGCUUUCUACCGGGCACAAAUGCAUUGUUGGACGGAGGAGGAGAAGUGUUUUGGAACAAAGUCUCUGCAGAUUCUGCGUUCCGUUUCAUGAUAACAACAAUUAUAACAAGAAUAAGAAUAACUGAAAAAAUAAUCCAAAAGAGGAUGCCAAAAGGAAAAAGAAACGGAACAAAAUGAAGUUACAAAUUAACCAAACUUGAAAUGAGAAAACUACUUGACGUCUUGAAAUGAAAAGAUAUAGCUAUCAGGUCGACUCUUAGCAGGGUCACAAUAGCAACCAAUGUGCAAUGUUGUACCUUUACGGGUUUUCACGACUAAGGAGUGAGAGAUGACCAAGCUUUGACAAAGUAGUUGCGUCAGUGAAAUUAAGAAUAAAAAACAGAUCCGGAUAAAACUGAGAUGCAGACGUUUAAGUAUUAAAUGUCAAUGUGUAGACGAUUCGUUCUACGUCUUCCGUUCACACAAGCGACGUAGUUGUGUUUGUUGUCUGGAAACUUCUAGUACCGAGAAGAAGUCUCAAGAGAUCUUCACGAACAACGAACAAAAACUAAACAGACAUAGAACGUGUGCUCCGACGCGUAAAUUGUGCUUUUAUACGCACGUAAUAACAGUAUCCACAAGCAGAACGUCUUGGAUACUGGUGUAUGGAAAUUACACAGCACGCGUUGAGAAUUAAGGUUGUGUGGGGGUAAAGUGGGUUGGCUUAAUUUUGUCGCAAAACCUUUAAGCUUUUAUAUAGUAAUCACAUGAUCGCUGCUGUACUCUCGCGACACAAGUCACCACCAAAUCUUGCUUUCUAAGGCAUAGAUUAGAAUGCUAGGUCAGUUGGUAGUUCAUGUGUUGCUUGCAAUGUAUGCCAGUAUAUAAUAAAUAGUUAUCAUUCUAGAAUCCAAA